AUGGGUGUGAGCGAUCCAAAUCCACAGGAAAACAUCAACGCAGGUCUGCAGAAGCGUGCAGAGUUCACACAGGGCAGUAAUGUGGUGGACAUGAUUUCACCAUUACAUAUUGACAUGUUUUUUCAAGAGCGCUACCUCAUCAGUAGUGUUGACCUAAAAAUCAAGCUGCAACGAAGCAAAAAUCAAUUCUGCCUGAUGUCUUCGGAGGCAGAUGCAAGCUACAAGGUGGUGAUCAUGGAGGCCGCCCUUUUUGUGCGGAAAGUCAGACUGGCGUCAUCCUACUUUCUGUCUAUUGAAAACCAACUGGCUAGAGAGACGGUAAAAUACCCCAUCCGCAGGAUUGAAGUAAAACCCAUCACCAUACCAAGAGGUCACCUCACUACCAGCACUGACAACGUCUUCCUAGGUCAAAUACCUCGACGUGUGGUGGUCACGUUAGUUGAAAACACCGCAUUCCAAGGUUCAUAUGCAACAAACCCAUUCAACUUUCAACACUUCAACCUUAACUACAUAGGUCUCAACAUCAACGGAGAGACGGUCCCACACAAGGCUCUGACACCAUCGUUCCCACAGGGAGAUUUCAUCAAAUCUUACUACACUCUGUUCGGCCCCACUGAGAAACAAGGACGUGACAGCGGAAAUCAAAUCAGUCGUGAAGAUUUUGACAAAGGCUAUGCCUUCUACUGCUAUGACCUCACACCGGACCUGUGCAGUUCUGGACAGGGGCACUUCAACAUCGUAAAACACGGGAACGUUCGUCUGGAGUUACAUUUUGCACAGGCUCUGGAGAACACCGUCGUGGUUCUAGUUUGGGCCGAGUUUGAAAACUUGAUCGAAAUCAACAAUCACAGGAACGUCCAGUUUGACUACACCAACUGA